AUGAGAAUUGUAAAUAUUGAUAGCCGUCCAUUGAUCUUCGAGUCAUACGUGAUUCUUGAAUUUGAACAAUCCGUAACUUCUACAUUCCAUUGGAUCUAUCUUCGUGAUAACUGUACUUGUUCAUGCUGCUUAUACCCGGAUACAGCCCAACGCUGUUUGGACACAUUCAACGAGUUGCCCUGGGAUAUAGACCCAUAUGAUGAUAGAACUUCUGAAACUGCUAAAUCCUUAGCUGAAUUUAAAAUUACUGAUGAUGGGGACUUGGAGAUAAAAUGGCCUGAUUCUCAUAUGUCGGUGUUCUCCCCCGAAUGGCUUGUUAACCAUUCUUAUGACCCCCCAGUUCCUGCAAAAGCAGUAGCGCUAGCUCUUCCAGAUAAAGUUCAUUGGGAUAAGGCGCUAUUUGAUGAAUUGACGGGAAGUGGGGAUCAUUUCAAUACGGACUUUAAUGAUCUAGAACACUCUCUAACUGAUGUAUUGCUUGAAAUAUACCGGUAUGGUUUUACUUUCAUUAAGAACGUCCCAGUAUCUAUUGAGGCGACUGAGCAUGUUUCCAAGCUGAUCUCGAUCAUCCGUCCCUCGCAUUACGAUACAGGUGUAUGGCAGUUUACGUCGGACUUGGCCAAAAAAGAUACUGCAUAUACAACUUUGUCAAUUGACAUGCACACUGACGGUAACUAUUGGUACGAGUUACCUGGACUCCAGUUAUUUCAUUUACUUGAACAUAGCAAUGGUGAAGGGGGCCACACUCGUAUUGUUGAUGUUGCUAAAGUUGUGGAUAAACUCCGUGACUUAGCUGCUACUGACAAAUCCUGGGAAACUACUUACAAAGUCCUUACCCAGCAUAAACUUGGAUUCCACCAAUCAGGGGAAACGAAUUGUAUAUUUUAUCAGGAAGCUUAUCCUACUUUAACGUUAUCUCAAAACGGGGAAUUACAACAGUGUAGAUGGAAUACAAGUGACAGAGCUCCACAGAUUGUCUCUCGCGAUUUCACUGUGCCUCAAAUUUACGAAGCUCUUUUCAGGUUUAACUCAUUAAUCAAUGAUCCUAAAAAUUCCGUUACAUUCCAAUUAAGCCCAGGAACCAUCCUGGUUUUUGAUAAUUGGAGGGUCCUUCACGCGAGAACUGCCUUCACUGGUCGCAGAAGACUCUGCGGAUCUUACUUAACUAGGGACGAUUUUAUUGCCAGAUUGCGGGCUUUGUUGUUUAAAAGGGACCAAAUCUUGAAUGUCAGCUACGCCUAA